AUGACGCCGGCGAAAAAUUCAAAGGAAACGACGGCGGCAGCGGAGGCGGCGGACCUGGCCAGUGAGUACGAAGCUCCCUUCGCCAUCCACUCCCGGGACGAGGGAGAUCGGUUCGAAUCCCUCGCCUCCCGCGGUUUCACCCCUCCUCGUUACCUCGACUUCGACCUCGUACCGCUGAGUGUCGUCACCGCCGUCCGCGGCUACUGCCGCAAGCUCGGCUGGGACAAGUUCGUCCUGACGAGGCACAACGGCGGCUCUGAUUGGACCUCCGAGAAGGAUCUGUUCUACUUAUGGUGCGUCAGAGGUGAGGAGCGCGUGUGCACCCCAAGCUUUCUGCUCGCUGCUUUUAAGUCGGUAGUUGCACGCGGGUCGAGGGUCAAAUUGUGCCUCGGCAACUUUAUUACUGCAAUUGCCGUUCAUUCGGGCGUGUUUGAUCCAUAUAACACGGAUAUGCAGCCCUUGCCUGCUCGUGCUUUGGGCCUGGGUAUGCUAAAAAUAAAAAAGGUCGAGUUUUCUGUCAAUGAUGGCCAAAAUAAGAAGAAUCCGGAUGCUGCUGAGCCAAUAGUGGCCGGUGAUUUGUGUAGUGGAGGCAAGAAGAAGAGUGAUGCUUCUGAUCAUGUUUAUUGGCAGUUGAAGAAAAUGGAAAAGCAGAUGAAAGAUGGACUUGAUGCUAUAAAUGCCCGGUUAAAUGGAAUGGGAAAUCGUCUCGACGACGUGGAAAGCAAGGUUGAUUCCAUGGCUGCUUGCUAUCGAACCUUAGAGAGUAAAUGGGUGGAUUUGGGGCACGGCAAAUCGGAAGUGAAGAAUGUUGAGGCUGAUGAGUGUAUGGAAAAGUUGACAAGAAUCAAGAAAGUAAAUGAGGAAGUUGCUAAUACUUGUGAGGAGGGUGAAAAAUUGGAGCUUUCUAAUUCCAAGGAAAAAAACGAUGGCUUAAUAAAUGUAUCCGGUUUUUCGCGAAAGGUGCCUUCGGCUAAUUCUACUGGCAGUAGAAGAAGCUGUGAACCUUCGAAGAAAGGUGAUGGAUGCUUGGCUCGGCCGUGGACCCAAGUUGAUAUAUUCAAAGAUAAUCGAAAUAGAGAGCCAAGGGGUUCCGGUGCUAGUGAAACACGGUCAAUAUCUCGAGACGGGCCGUGUUUUCAUAAAACUGCCCGUUUUUCUGGAGAUAUCGUCGGCAUAAUGGAUAGUGAUGACGAGGCCACCCCUCAUGGAGAGACUGCUGAUACUUCGAAUCGAGACGUAGGUUCGAACGUGCGAGAAAACAACCUCAAAUUUGUUCAAAUCCCGUCAUGUGGCCAGAGAAGUAAGAGAAGCCGAACAGAGAGCACUGAUGACUUACUUCCGAAUUCGACUGUGGAAAAGAAAGGAAAAAUGCGCACGAGCCAAUUGGAAAAUGAAUUUCUCAAAUCAGCUCGUGAUGAAAUCGACUGUAGUUUGUCUAUUGAAAUUGAAGAAGUCUGGUCGGGCCCACCAGGAUUCGAAUCUCAAACUCCUGUCCGCGAACUUAAUAAUGGCCUAAAUAAUGUGAUUCGUGCAGAUUUGAAAUAUGAUACUAACUUCAGUGCAGAACUUAAAAGUGAUAAACUUGGAAGAAAAUUUAAUUACGAAGCUGAUAUGUUGCGCGCCUUUCAAGAGGACGAUCAGUUUUGUAUGGAAGCCGUGUGUGCUCUGUAUAGACGGCAUAUGAAACUGAAGGGUCGUUCAAAUAUUUCCAAAAACGGAGGAUUUAGCCCAGUCGAUUUUAUAAGAGGAUGCGCUUUGGCUGAGUAUCUAAUUGAUGGGGAUAAGGAGCUGAGGCUAAGGAAAUCGGUCUCUCAAGUGAAAAUGCGUCGUCCUGAGGCCAUUGGCGUAUGCAGAAAGCUCGCUAAUUUUUAUGUGGAGAAGCUUUUGGCGGUCUACCGCUCGGGAGAGGAUCCGUUAUUUGGCCAAUGA